AUGCACCCUCACUCGGUGCUGAUGGUGAGUCUCGCGCUCGUGCUCGUGACGUGUUCGCGCGGAAGGGAGGCUCGUGUCAGACUGAACUCCAUCCGCACGGUGAUCCUGGGGGAGGGGCACGCGCUGCCGGUGAACAGGAGCACGUGGGAGCCCAGUCUGGACCUGACGCUGUAUCAGUGCAUGAGCGACCUGGAGUGCCGCGAGGGCAGCUACUGCCACGCCCCCACCAAAGGCCCCGCCCACUCCCGCUGUCAGACCUGCCGCAGGAGGAAGAGGCGUUGCCAUAGAGAUGGCAUGUGUUGUCCUGGAAACAGCUGCAGCAACAAUAUCUGCGUUCCAGAGGACAACAGCUUUGUGUCUCAGACGAUCCCCGACGGAGAGAUGAGUACUCUGUCCAAGAAGAGAGGCUGGAGGAAGAGGAGCCGGAUGGAGCCCAAAGGAUCCUCCAGUAAAGGUCAGGUGGGCGACCCGUGCCUCCGCUCCUCAGAUUGUUCCGAGGCGUUGUGUUGCGCCCGUCACUUCUGGACCCGAAUCUGUAAGCCGGUGUUGCGGGGGGGACAGGUUUGCACGCGCCACCGGCGGAAAGGGAACCAUGGGCUGGAGCUGUUCCAACGCUGCUCGUGUGGGGACGGACUUAGCUGCCGGACGCUGCGAGACCCCGACGCCAAACCUUCAUCGUCAUCGCCAUCAUCUUCACUCAUGGCGGCGGUGGCGAAGUCAAAGUUUGCAGCGUCUUCUUCUUCUCAUCACACUUCACUUUCGUCCUCUUCUGCAGGAAAGUUAGCGUCGGCAUCUCCAGACGUGGCGAAAACACGACUUCACGUGUGCCAGAAACGAUAA